AUGGCGGCGCCGCCGCCGCCUCCGGCCGGGCCGGGCCCGGGGCCGCCCUCAGCGCCCGCGGGGCCCGGAGCGGCGGCGGGGCCCGGAGCGGGGCCGGGACCGACCCCGGGGGCCGCGCAGGGCCCCGCGCUGCCCGCGCAGGCCGCGACCGCGCAGGCGCAGGACUUCGAUCCCGUGCAGCGCUUCCGGCUGCUGCUGCCGCAGCUGAAGGAGAGCCUGCAGACCCUGAUGAAGGUGGCGGCGCAGAACCUGGUGCAGAACUCACGACAGGCAUGAAUCUGAUGCAACGGGCAGAAGAGCGCUGACGGGGCCCUGCAGCGCUUCGACAAGAGCCUGGAGGAGUUCUACGCCCUGUGCGACCAGCUGGAGCUGUGCUUGCGUCUGGCCCACGAGUGCCUGGCGCAGAGCUUCGACAGCGCCAAGCACGCCCCCGCGCUGGUGCCGGCGGCGCCCAAGGCCGAGGGGGGGUCCCUGGGGGGCUCCCUGGGGGUCCCGGGGGUCCCGGGGGGCGCCGAGAGCCUCCCGUACACGCAGUACCUGCCCCUGAUCAAGGCGCAGAUCGCGGGCGCCAAGGACAUCCACAACGCGCUGCUCGAGGGCACCAACAAAAUAACGGGGAGGCUGCCCCCUCCUGGGGGGCCCUGACCCAAAUUUGGGGGGUCCUGACCCCAUUUUGGGGGGAUUUGGGGCAGUUUGGGGGGUCCUGGUUGGGGUUUGGGGGUCCCAGGGACAUCGACAACGCGCUGCUCGAGGGCACCAACAAAAUAACGGGGAGAUUGUCCCCUCCGGGGGGGCCGUGACCCAAAUUUGGGGGGUCCUGAUGGGAUUUUGGGGGGUUUGGGGGUAUCCUUACUCGAUUUUGGGGGGAUUUGGGGCAGUUUGGGGGGUCCUGGUGGGGUUUGGGGGGCUGAGACCCUCAGGACACCCCCAGAGCGAGGGGAUUGAGGCAGGGGCUGGGCUGGUUUGGGGUGAUUUUGGGCUGGUUUUGAGGGAUUUUGGGUGGUUUUGGGGCAGUUUUUGGGGGUUUGGGACCCCAAAUCCCGGGUUGAGGAGUUUUGGGGUAAAACGUUGGAUUUUUGUUAAAUAAACCCGAGUUUUGUGA